GGAGAGCGAGUUAGUCUAUGCACGACCGCGGCACGGACAGUGUCGAACCGCUGCAAUGUAAACUUCUAACCUUCAAUUCUGUCUAUAACGACAGUUUCUGUUGCGCGUGCAAAUAGUUUCAGUUCUUUCAUCGGUUGAAAAACUUUAGUUUUGUGUUAUUAUCUAUAUUCUGCCUAGCGGAAGUAUGUAACUGGAGAUCCCUUCUGUGGUGACAUUGAUGGAGUUCCGCUUGGACAGCGCGGAGUACUGCCAGGCUCAACACAAAUAAACAGGAAGUGUUUCCGUGAAGGCGAGAGCAGGAGAGCGCCAUCCGCUGGACCCAUGCUGCCGGUAGCGGCGGUGACUAGACGCACCUCGCGCACUGUUCCACAUACCUACCCAUCAUCAGUUACCUUAAAUUCGGAGCUCCGCUGCUGUUGAGCACAGCCAACAAUUCAGUUGCAGAAGUUUUUAAAGGGCCUAUGUUUCCGAGUGAUUUAAUUUAAUUUGUUUCCACAUUCUGAACUUUUGUUUGAUCGCUUUCGGAUGCGUUCGAGUGGUUGAAAACGACAUCAAUGCGGGCAGUUCCCAUUAUAUAAUUGGACCCUUUCAAAACAAAAGCUACGAGACUGUCGUGUGUUGUGUGGAAAUAGAGUGACAGUUUGUCUGUUCGAUUGUGACGGGACCGUUAGGCGGUUGUGAAGUGAAGCUAUACCAGCCGAGUGCGGAAGUGACUGCCCGAGCCGGCUUCGAUCUCGCCCAGCAGAAGAGAAGCAGCGGUGACCAUGAAGCAGAAGGACAUUAGACCGGCGCCUUCCCUCAUCGAGUACAAGGGGAUGCGCUUCCUCAUCACCGACCGCCCAUCGGACGUGUCCAUUCAGGCGUAUCUGCAGGAGUUGAGGAAGCACAACGUGUGCACGGUGGUGCGCGUAUGCGAGCCGAGCUACGACACGGCGCCGCUGAAGGCCGAGAACAUCGAGGUGCGCGACCUCGCCUACGACGACGGGACCUUCCCGCCAGCCAACGUCGUAGACGACUGGUUCGAGAUCCUCAGAGAUAAGGCGGAGAACAAGCCGGAGUCGGCGGUGGCGGUGCACUGCGUGGCGGGGCUGGGCCGCGCGCCCGUCAUGGUCGCCAUCGCGCUCAUCGAGCUCGGCAUGAAGUACGAAGAGGCCGUCGAAACCAUCAGGGAUCAACGUCGAGGCGCCAUCAACGCUAAGCAGCUCUCGUACUUGGAGAAGUACCGACCGAAGUCACGUCUCAAGAAGAAUGGGCACAAGAACAACUGCUGCGUGCAGUAGUGCCGCCGGCGCCCAGACAGCGAAUGUAGCUCUGCUUUCACACACACACUAACACAGGGGAGCAUAGACAACAAAUCAAUUUUUAUUAUUCCUAGUAUGGGAGCAUAGACAAGAAAUCAAUUUUUAUUAUUCCUAGUAUGUCGCUACUUUUUGACGAUCAUAUUUUUUAUUAAGUUUAUCAAUAAUAUUAUAUUCUGGAAGGUUGUAAUUGAAUUCCGUCGACUCGAAACUUCGUUAUUUACACAUUCCCGUUAAGUUUGCUCCAUCCGAACGUGACUUUAAUUAUUGUACUCAGUUCAUCAAAUGUUUGUAAAAAUUUUAAAACCGAAUCCUCCUCUGAACUGACUUUUGUAUUUUAAUGACAUAUUACCCUUGUGUAGUAGUACUGUGUAUCAGUGGAACAUUUAAUAGAAGCGAGCCACGAUUUGUGUUCAUAGUUGAAACAGUUUAUCGGGUAUGUAUAACUUUAAUCAUAAUAAAGAAAGAAAGAAAAAAAUACAAUAUAUCCAUAAUAAAAUACACAGUCAGUUAAUUUGUAGAUUGUUUUAUUUUUAUUUUUCCAGAGUGUGGUGAAAUUAUGAUCUUUUCUCUGUACUGUCCUGUUUUUGUGUACUACUAUUAAAAUGAUUUAAUAUUGUAAUAAUUUUGAGACAUGAUGGACCCGUUGUGUUUCAUAAUUCGAAUUAUAUAGUUGACGAGUUUCGUUAUUGUAAUCAAUUGUGCUUGUUUUAAUUUCACGAAUGUAACGGUUGUUAUGAGUUUUGCAUUAUUAAUAGCGACCGAAUCGCUUUAAAGAACGCGGCUCUUGACUUUAUAUAACUAAUGUGAAUUCUAAUCAAUUUAGAGAAUGUUAACCAGUAUGUUUACGUACAUUUGACUCAAUGAAAAGUUCCAAUUAAUAAAGUAAAAUAGCUUUUUGAUAUUAUUUUUCUAUUUCUCAUUUUAUGAUGAUUGUCAAAGUAUAUAAUAAUGAUCUUGUAACUACGGAACAGUCACAUUCAUGAAUAAAAAUAUUUAUAAGCAA